UUCGAGGGUAGGCAAAUCCCUAAUCGGCUGUUUAUAUAUAUAAAGCUGACAUUUAAGAACCACGGGCUCAAAAAAAAAAAAAAAUGCAGAUUCAGAUAAAGUGCAGUUGCGGAGAGAAGUGCCAAGAGUGGGCGAUCGUAGAACUCCAAGGAGCUGUGGAAGUUCAGCCCGCUUUCCAAGAUCGCAUCCAUAACCUCCAGAUCGGCGUUCUCUGCCGCCCUUCUUCUCAGGAGAUAUACACAUUCACAGUUGGGUACCAUGAAUUGACGGGAACGAAAGUGUCGUUGAAGAAGCCGAUGUUGGUUCUCAAGAAAUUCAAGCAAUCGAAUGCAGAUCCGAUCGGAGUGGAUAAUGAUUCUUCCAAAGUGGAUCUAGAGGUCAUCGGAGUUAUUCGGCACCGGAUUUUGUUCAAGACCAGACCCAAAGCCCUCAUUUCCAAACCGCAACCAACCGUGAAAGGAAGAGUCAAGGCGGGGGAUGCUGUGGUGCCAAACAAAAUAGCUUGAAAUGCAUUAUAAAAAGCACAAUCUUUGGAGAAUUUGAUUUGUUUUUCAGUCAAACAAUUGGAGAACAAGUGAGAUCAAAGCUUGUGGAUUAUCAAGUGUGUCAAGUGUUUCCAAACAGUGACUUCAAUUUUGGGGAUGUAAUCUUUGACGUGAUCUUAAUGGCCACAUAUAAACGC